AUGCGGCUAGAGGCAGCGGUAUUGCCUCAGAUUAUAUCCCCGCAGCCUUCGCAAAAAAUCAAGAUCGACGAAUGCCAAAUACCUGAGAACAUCAUGUUGGAUCGGCUAACAUCAUUCAAUCAUCCUGACAAAAUUGAUAUAUUGUUGGGGGCGGAAUUCUACAACCAACUGAUGGCAGCAGGGCAAAUCAAACUGUCAGAUGACCUACCCAUUCUGCAAAAUACAGUGCUGGGAUGGAUCAUCGCGGGAAAAGUUGGUGGCAACUACAUCUCAAAUGCAAUAUGUGGAAUCUGUACCAACGAUGACAUCAACUUAGAUGCAGCCAUUGCUCGAUUAUGGGAACUUGAGAAUGUUGCAACUGUAAGAAAACAACAUUCCGUAGCAGAAAAACAGUGCGAAGCUAAUUUCGCACAACAUACACUCAUCAAUGAAAAUGGGAGAUUCAUGGUAAGGCUAACAUUUCUUGAAAAUCCGGAGGCCUUAGGGGAGUCCUAUGGGAUGGCGUAUAAUCGAUUCCUGGCCUUAGAACGUCGACUGGCAAAAUCGCUCCGGACAACGAUUCAAUAUCAAUAUGUACAAUUUAUGGAGGAAUAUGAGAACUUGAGGCAGAUGACGCAAGUGGAUAUUGAUUCCAUCAGUAAACCUAGGUACUUCAUUCCUCACCAUUGCAUUGUGAGACCCGAAAGCCGCACUACAAAAUUACGUGUGGUGUUCGACGCAUCAGCAAAAUCGUCCACUGGCAUGUCUUUGAACGACCUCAUGUAUACCGGACCCACUGUUCAGAGCGAGCUUUUCACCAUUUUACUUCGCUUCCGUUAG